GGAGGAGGAGGUCCGCUGCCUGAAAACUGGGAGCUGGCGUUCAGUGAUACAGGAGAGCCGUACUACAUUGAUCAUAUCUCAAAGACAACCAGCUGGCUGGAUCCUCGAACUCUGAACAUGACUCCCUUUACAGAACUCCCAGAGUUCACGGAGCAGCCUGGUCAGCUGAAGGGUUACUCCUCCUCCACCCGGCUGUCUAAAGGUCCUCGAGGUUUCGGCUUCAACAUCGUCGGAGGAAGUCGACCCAGAGAGUUUCUACAGGUGUACAGUGUCACACCUGGAGGACCGCCAGCAUUAAACACAGCGGACAUCCUGGUCUACAUCAACGAGAGCUGUGUGUUGGGUCGCUCUCAUAAAGAGGUGGUGGAGAUGCUGAAGUCGGUGCCGAUGGGCCAGAGUGUGGACGUGGUGCUGAGGAGAGGAUACCCGAUGCUUUAUAACCCUGAUGGAUGUCCCAAACAGAGUCUGGACACGCCACAGACUCCCAGCGAGCCCCCCAACCCCCCCAAUGUGAACCGCGGCCUGACACACCUCACCUACAGCCGAACGCUGGAUGCCAACGGCAGCACGCCAGGACUGGGCCACACCCCGCCCUCCUACGCUGCUCUGCCAAUGACGAACGGGCUGACGAGCCCACCAACCCCCACUUCCUCUGACCCCCCACUGGGUCCACCACCCCUUCCAGAGAGGACAUCAGUCGCCAAUCACAGCGACUCUGAUGGCGGCCUGUCCAGCGCUGGAACACGAAGGUCUUCUCUGAUUCACUACAACAGCAGCACUCUCCCCGCCCUCUCAUCCACCUCCCUCCUUCACCAUCAGAGCUCUAAGUCUUCAGAGAGCGACCUGUCCACGUCGACACUCCCCAUCAACUCCUCAUCCUCCCACACUCUGUCCAAACUGCAACUCUCUCAGCCAGAGAUGGGCCUCCUCCAGAACUCCACCAGCCCCACCAACGCUAACAACCCCGCAUCCUCCACACCUCCUGGCGCUCCUGUGCAGCGCCCGCCAAUGCCACAGACAUCCCUCGCCCUGACCCCACCCAGAGACGUACCAUCCUGCGGCUUUAAUGGCUGUCCAGCCAAUCACCAAGCGCCCUCCCCAGCCUCCCGAGGAAACCCAGGGCUGGCGCUCCCCCUCGGGGCAGGGUCGCCCGGGUCAGCUCCUAGUGGGGAACUUGUACCGGUGGCCCUCGGGCGCAGCGAGAGUGGUGGGGUGGGGUUCAGUGUGACAGCGGGGGGGCAAGGAGGUCAGCUGGCUGUGGUGAGGCGGGUUUGGGAUCGAAGGCACUGCCCCUCGCUGCAGGCGGGGGACACUAUAGUGAAGAUCAACGGAGCAGACGUACAGAGCUUCAGCUUCUCCCAGGUCCAGAGAAUCCUGCAAGAACACACCAAACAGGGAGAGGUGGUACUACUGGUCUACAGAGGAGGUCCCAUGAUUUCCCCAGUCGUCACCCCCAACCUCUACAAGCCCCUCCCCUCCCCACAUGGCCUGGCCACCCCUUCUUCCUCCAAACCCCCGACUUCAGCCGAGUUGCCUUCCCCGUCCACGGGUGCCUUGGUGGGGGGCGUUCCUCCACUCAGCCAGGCUGGCUUGGUCCUGGAGAGCCCCCAGGAGGGGCACCAACCAGCACCGGUGAACCACCAAGGGGCCUCUUCUGCGCAGGCGUCUAACGGGCCCCCAGCCUCGGCCCUCAUCCAGAGCACCAGCUUCCUGGACUCAGUUCCUGUGACGCUAACCUUAGAGCCACGUGAUUUGCUGGGAGUGGAAGAGAGCGCCGGUGGGCCUCCUCCCACCAGGGGAGGUGGGGGAGGAGCACUGGGAGCUAUUGCCAAGGAUGGAAGAGGAGGAGUAAAGACAAUGGAGGUGGAGCUGAGGAGGAGGUCGGGAGAAGGCUUUGGAUUCGUCAUCGCCUCUCAGGAAGUGACCAACGGGGCCCCCUCCCUGAUGUCUCACCGGUUCGUGACGGUGCGUCGAGGCAGUCCAGCGGCUCGCAGCGGGCAGAUCCAGCCUGGAGACCAGCUGGACGCGGUGGAGGGUCGAGCGGUCGGAGGUCUGCAGCACCGAGACCUCGCCCAGAUCCUGAGGAGAGCCGGGAACACACUGAGACUGAGCAUCACACCGAGACACCACUCGUCCUCUCUGUCAGAGGGAGCAGAUCUGGAUAUUGACGGCCGGGUGAUGAAAGGAUCCAGAAGCAGGUCAAAGGUGUCGGACCAGCUGGUGGAGAUAAACGGAGACAGUACAUCAGGGAUGACUCACAGUCAGGCUGUGGAGCAGAUCAGGAGAGGAGGACAUCGAAUCCACCUCGUCCUCAAGAAAGGAAACGGAUACGUGCCCGACUACGGCCCUGAGGAAGGAGCCCUCUCCCCCUCCUCCUCUUCACACACAGAGGAGCAAGAUGUGAAAACAGUAACCAUGACAACCGCCUCCCUCAGCCAGCAGAGGGGAGGAGGCGGUGGUACGGGAGGAGGAGAAGGAGGAGAGAGGAGGAGGACAAGGAGAGAGGGAGAAACCAAACGAAGAACAGGAGGAAGAGGAGGGUUAGGGCCUCCUGAUCUGGACCUAGACGUAGUGGAGGAGGAGGCACGGGAGGAGGAGGAGGAGGAGGAGAGAAGGAAAAGAAGCCAGACUGUCAGGCCAAAGGAGAAGCGGGACAACCAGAGGGAGCAGGGGAGGAGGAGCAGGAGUUUACCCAGGAUCAGUGCUCGAUCUUGGGAUAUGUUGCUGCCGCAGGAGGAGGUGGAGGUGGAGGAAUCUGGAGGAAUGAAGGAGAGAAGGAGGAGCGAGACUAAGAGCAGGAGGAGAGCGACAAACGAGGAGGAGAGGAGGGUGGAGAGAGACGACAGGACCACCCGCCACGCAAAGCCUUCUGGGAGCUCAGGUGCGCCGUUCUCCUUCCUUAUGCCGAUUGACGACGACGACGAUGACGACGACGACGAGCGUCAGCGUCUGUCCGACAGCGAAUCAACAACCAGCAUCGCAACAGCGGAGUGGAGGGAGGAGGAUUCUGAUUGGAGGAGAGCCGAGGGGAAGGCCCCGGGCCCCUGGCUGAAGCCGAGCCCGAAGAGAUUGACGAAGGUUCUGAUUGGCAGUCGGCUCGGUGGGCGGGAACUAUUGGGCGGGCUCUCUCUCUGAUUGGCUCACAGCGAGGACGUUUUUUUAUUCGCUGAUUUUCUUCUCUCUUUUUUUUGGCUACUUAUAAGGGCUUUCUUGAUUGGCCUACUGAGAGGAGACCCGCCUCUUCCUGCUUCUUAUUGGAUGACAAGAAGUUUCUGAUUGGAAGAUAAUAAGCAAGCUGUCAAGGACUUGUAUUUGAUUGGCUGGUGGGCGGGUUUUGAGGCCUCCUGAUUGGCCACUGACAUAACAGCUGCACACACGGCUGCCAAAUUCACCAACAAUGUUAUUUUUCAUUUUACCCAUCAUCCCUCAGUGCAUCCUGAGACCUGUAUCACGAAGCCGUUAUUAUUAGUGCGUUAUCCGGCUCUCGACGCUGGUGCACUUUUAAAUCACCAUGGUAACGGGGGUAAAUCACCACGGUAACGGUGGUAAAUCACCAUGGUAACAGUGGUAAAUCACCAUGGUAACAGUUAACCUCAGAGAAUUAGAUAGAAAACCUGUCAACAGCACGACAAUUAACCAAUCAGGAAAAUAUAUUUUUAAUCAAUUUAUAAUAAAAGUGACAAAUAAUAAGCAGCAGCAGAGAUUUCUAUGGGUCAGUAGAAUCUGAUUAUCGUGUCUGAAACGCGGCCCAAGAUGCCACGAGGUGGCUCGGUUCUUUGGGUGAACAGUUGAAAAUAUAAAGAAACAAGAUAUCUACAACAUUUUCAGUCUAAAAGAGACUCGUUUGCCCAUCGGUUAUGGAAGAAGUUUCAUAUUCAUGUUAUCUGCAGUGAACUAGCGAAGGUAAACUUUUGCGGGGAUUUAGCAAAUGUUCCACCAAAACAAGAUCCCUCCCGAUAUUAUUUUUGAAAGGGCACCAUCGCUGCUUCCUUGGCUGCCCAAGACGAUUGCGAUUGGUUUAAAGAAAAGUAAACAACACUUCCAUUUUCACCUUCGUACAGAUUUAUGAUAGUUCAGCCAGACCUUUGUGUGCGUCACCAAAUGCUCUGCAGGUAGAAC